AUGACACCGCUAACCCCAGCAGAUUCGCCAUCCACGCCAAGACGGCCUAGCCAGCAAGCCAUUGCAUUCGCCAUAUCAGUAGUAUUGUCUAAGUCUGAAGGUCUGAGUGUGCAGGAAUAUAUACGACUACUCCGACAGCACAUCGCGAAAGGGCGUCGCGAGAAUGCCAUCAGCUCAGUAUACCGGCAUCUCGACCGCUCUUCGUACUGGCGCGGGCAAUAUGAGUGUACGAAAGACGCACUCCGUGCUUCCGAGGGCUCGUUCGUAGACCUGCAGCGCGAGAUCGAACAUCUGAAGUCGCAGCUUGAAAGUGCGAAGCAAUCUGCCGGCAGCAAUGCACCCAAGAAGCGGAAGAAGUUUGUCGAUGAAGAUGUCAUCUUGGUACCUGGCUCACCCAAGAGGGCAAAGCGAGAUACCAGUCCAGCUCGAGGCAGUGGUGCGACUGAAGUGAGCAUCGAGAGAGACUUUGACUUUACAGAUGUUAGCGAGAUUGGUGAGCUUUUGGAGUCAUGGCACAGGAGUUCACGACUGACUGUCUCAGGAAACAUACUCAUGCACAGCCUCUUCCAGAUGCAUGCCGUGCUCAAGGGUCCUGCCAAAGUCGAGCCUGCAGUCCUUGCUCGUCACCUCAUACGGACAGCAUCGGCAUUGCCGCAGGUCAUGCAACAAGCAGUCGUAGUACAAUUUGCCAGCGAGCAGUCAAAUCUCAAUGUGCUCAAAAGCACUUUGAACGCAGCCGCUCGGGCGACGACUAUGCUCAUCGUCGGGGUGACUCGGUUGAGCAAUCUCGCUGACAGCAUCGAAGUCCAUGGCCAAGUCAUCUACGCAUGCGUGCACAUGUUUGCAAAUUUACUCGAUCUCGUGGCAACAGCUUCAGCGGCUGAGAUGCGUAAGGCUGACCAGAUUAAUUCGGUCUUGUCAACAAACCAGAGACCUACGACAAGUAAGGGCAAGACGAAGACGGUACUACCGAAGCAAGUCAACCUCAAAGACGUACCCAGCCUAAACGCCAUCGUCUGCUUCUUGUGCGGAAUCCCCGACCUAUUCGACCCCAAGUCAGAUCUGCACAGGCAGCUUUUCGAGGGCUUCGCCUACUGCCUCCUGAACAAGCUUGGCAGCCGCCUCUACGCCUGCAAUUUCGGACGUACUCGCGGUCCGAGCAUCGCCGACGAGAUCGAAGACCAGCCUGCUACUAAUCUCAAUCAUCCACAAACCGAUAAAGAUGUCCGACAAGCCAAGUUGGAAGCCCCAUACCUCAUCCACAUUCUCUCCCGCCUCAUGGCCGCUGCUCCCUCUCAUCUAGGCUCCAUCGUUCGAAAUAGAAAAGGCAAGACCAAGUCGAUCACCUUGAAGAACGCUUCGAAAGCCAAUCUCGCUAUUGAUGCGAAGGAGAAGCUCCAGCGUACUCUCAUCAUUUGCAUCUUUGGUACAGAAGGAGUGAGUGCUGAAGAUCCGUUGAUGGAUUGUCUGAAGAUGCCGGGAAUUUGUGAGACUUCCAAGCCUUUGCCCUUGCCAAAGGUGAAGGCGGUUGAUGUGCAGGAGUGGUUCAAGGAGGAAGUAUGGAGGAUCGUUGGGUGGGAGAUUCUGGGGCAGGAGGAUGGCUGGUGA